GUAACAUUAGGCGACCUGCUCCUUUAAGGCGAGGCGAGCACGCCUCUCGCCUGCGAGGACAGUACAAUGUUCAAGGUACGUCCGAGUCGGGCGCUAUGUUUCCCGAUGCCGGAAUCUUGUAGUCUAGGUUUAUAUUAAAAGGGAAAAGCAAUGAUCUGCAUCCUGCUGGUCGCCGGCCACGGCACGAUCCUUGAAACCCAGAUCAAGAAUGAUACCAGUGGACUCUAUGGCCACCUGACUGGGGUUCCGAAGGCUCUGCUGCCAGGGAUUGGAGGGAGAAAGAUCCUGGACUUCUGGUGGGAGACUGUAAACAUGCGGCAGUUAUUCAGUGAGGUCUAUCUGGUCACAAACGCAGAUAAGUACAAACACUUCGAACGCUGGGCCACUGCCAACGGCUUCCCUGCAGAGAACGUGGUGAACGAUGGUAGCACCACGCCGGAGGACUGCCUGGGCGCCGUGGCCGACCUGGAGCUGGUCAUCCGAAGCCGGAGGCUGCAGGAUGAUGUCAUGGUGAUUGCUGGGGACAUGCUCUGCUCUGACCAGAACUUUGACAUCGCCCAAGUGCUUCGCUUCUUUAGAUCCAAGCCUGGAGAUCUGGCCAUAUAUUAUGUGCUGGAGGAGGGUGAGCAGAGCUGCUCCAGGGGCAUAGUUGAAGUUUGCCCUGACACUCACAGGAUCACACGCUUCCUGGAGAAGCCUGAAGAGGGCCUCACGGCCUCCCGCCUGGCCAGCGUGGUGUUCUACUGCCUGCGCCGAGCCACACUCCCUCGGCUGUCCCAGUUCCUGGCCUUGCAGUCGUCUGCUUGGGAUCGCGCCCUGGGCAGGUUCUGGGAGUGGCUCAUUAAUGACGAGAAACUUCCUGUGUUUGGGAUGAAGUUACCAACCGGCUUUCAGCUCAUUGGGCAAGUGGGUCUGUCAGACUACAUCCAGUGGCUGUCAUGCUACACCGCCAAGCAGGAGGGCACCUCAGGGAAACCCAUAAGCUGCCGCACGUAUGCCAGAGUGGGUCUGAUGGGAAACCCCUCAGAUGGCUUCCACGGUAAGACCAUCUCCAUGAGCAUCUCCAACUUCUGGGCUGAGGUCAGCAUGACAGAGAGCCAGACCCUGGUGCUUUUGCCUCAUCCCUUAAAUGAUCCCACAGAGUUUGGGAACCUGCAAGACCUCCACUCCAUCAGCCAGAAGGAAGGGUAUUUGGGAGGACUAAGGCUGCUGCAGGCCACAUGUAAGAAGUUCUACCAGUUCUGCUCUGAGAAAGGCAUUGCUCUUUCCAAGAAGAACUUCACCCUGAAGUACGACACUAACAUCCCCCGACAGGUGGGUCUGGCUGGCAGCAGUGCCAUAGUAUCUGCAACUCUGAAGUGCCUGAUGAAAUUCUACAACAUCACAGACCAUCAGGACAUGCCGAAACCUGUGCAGGCCAGCUUCAUCCUGAACGUCGAGACGGAGGAGCUGUUCAUCACAGCGGGACUGCAGGACCGAGUGGUGCAGGUGUACGAAGGCCUGGUGUACAUGGACUUCAGCAAGGACCUUAUGGACGAACAGGGCUACGGGGAGUACAUCCCAAUGGACAUGACAGACCUUCCCCAGUUCUGGUUGGCCUACCUCUGCGACCCCAGUGAUUCUGGGCGGAUCCAUAGCAACGUGCGUCAGCGCUGGCUAAACGGAGACGCCACUGUGGUCCAGGCCAUGAAUUCAUUUGCGGAGUUGACUGAUCAGGCCAGGUCAGUUUUCGAGUGCAAAGACUGGUCCGGUCUGGCUCAGCUCAUGGAUCAGAACUUCGAGCUCAGAAGGUCUGUGUACACUGAUGACAGUCUGGGUCCUGGGAACCUAAAGAUGGUGCAGAUCGCGAGACAGUUUGGCUCUGCAGUGAAGUUGCCUGGCAGUGGAGGUGCUGUUGUGGGACUUUGUUUGAACUCUGACAGACUGAUGGCGAUGAAACAGGCUUUUCAAGAGGCAGGCUGUGUCUUCUGCAUUAUUGUGCCAUAUGACCCAUCUUCUGCAAGUGUGCCUUUCACAGGACCCUGAUCUUGCCCCUUGAUACCUACCCCAUAAUAUACUACAUGAAGUCUAUGACAUGUGUAUUUGCAGUAUAGCAUUUGCAUGUAAAACGAAUGCAUGUCUGUUGCUGUAAUAUGCAAGUGCAAUUCGGAUACUGGAAGAAAACAGGGUCUAAGCUGUUGUGUGUUUUUCUCUAUCCUCAACUGUAUUAGUUACUAUGAACAUUUGGUCUUUAAUAUCUAAUACAGUCAUGGUUUUUACUAUGUUUUACAAAAUGUCGAUGUUUCUAGGAUUUUAUGGAAAGUUUUUACAUGGCACAAAAGAGGCAACAUUUUUUUAAGCAUAUAAUUGCAUCAUUGUAUUUGAACUGAAAUAAAUAACCAUAAUUACA